AAUAGGUCAUCUAGCAUUGAAAUCCGUAACAUUCCAGUUCCUAAAUCUGAAACAAAGGAAGACCUUUUAAAAUUAUUUCAAAAAAUUAUAUUAGCUUUGAACGUUGAUGCGGCUCCUUCAGAUAUUUGUGAUAUUUACAGGGUCAACACUAAGGUGCCGACAUACAAGCCUAUUGUUUGCAACUUAAAUAGUAUACUUGUAAAGGAAAAGGUGUUAACGAGCAUAAAGAACUUUAACAAUGCUCACAGAGAUAAUAAAUUCAGUACAGAACAUAUACAUAUCCAGGGGGCUUCUCAGCCUAUUUUUAUUUCUGAGAAUUUAACACCAAAAAUGAGAAGAUUAUUCUUUCUCGCGAGAAGUUUUGCAAACACAAAUGGCUACUCUUUCUGCUGGACCUCCCGUGGAAGGAUAUAUUUGAAAAAAAAAGAAGGUGAAAACACUGUUCGUGUAGACUCCGAAACGGAUCUAGCAAAACUGGAGAAGAAGAAGUGACUAGUUUUCGUUAACCAUGACAAUAAGAGACCUUUCCUUUUCGCAUUCCUUUUAAUUUUUUUAAUUAUUUUGUGCUAUUUACUGUUUUUUAGUUUUUUUGGCCUUCUUGGAUUCUUAAUCAUUUCUUUCUUAGCUAUUUUUACAUAUUUUAUCAAAUUGCACAUAACAUACUGUCAAAUACACUAUACACUAAAAAACUCGAAGUUACACAACCAUCCACACACACUUUACAGUCUUACACACCCAAGCUCCAAACCACACAUCUUAAACACAACUAAUUGUCCACUACAUGAAACACAUUUCCAUACUUGCAGUCCAUCAUAUAAAAUAACAUAUGCUCAAAUUAUAAAAUGUAAAAUAAAAACAACCACACCUAAAGAUAUACAAUUUAACUGUUCAAAUGAUCCCCUAAAUUGCUUCAAAUAUAAUUUAUCAAAUUUAUUAUGAAUAUCGACCAAUUAAAUAAUGACGUAGAUGAUUUACAACAUUACGAUUCUUUCUAUUGUUCGCCAGAUGAGUGUUUAUCGUACAUUGAUCCUACCCGAAAUAGUCUAAAAAUUUUUCAUGUGAAUAUAAGAAGCAUAAACCGAAAUUUUGAUGAACUUACAUUAUUCUUAAACAGACUGGACUUAAAUCCGGAUAUAAUUAUUUUAACCGAGUGUUGGCUCAGCAAAGUGGUUAAUAUUCCGGACCUCAUUGGCUUCAACUCCCAUCGUUCUACUACACAAAAUCAAAAUGAUGGUGUAAUCAUAUUUGUCAAAACGCAGAUUACUUGUGACGUAUUAGUGUCAAGCCUGUGUGAUGCUAGCGGUCUUACGUUCACUUAUAAAAAUACCAUUGCAUUUGUGGCUGUAUAUCGUUCGCCUGCAAACAAAAAUAUUGACAAUUUCUUGAUCUCUUUAAAUAAUUUGAUUACUUCUCUUGCAGCUUACGAAACAAUUGCGGUUAUUGGCGACAUUAAUAUCAAUAUUUUAUGUGAUACAAACGAUCCUAAAUCGGAGUCCUAUUUGAAUCUCCUCGCAUCUCAUGGUCUGUUACCUGCGCACUCGUUUAUUACUCAUGAUAAAAGUUGUCUAGAUCAUAUCAUGCUUCGGUCUAACAGAAAAGCUGUUACUUUAGUUUUUGACUCUGGUUUCACAGAUCACGCUCCGAUUCUCACAUGCAUUGAUCAAAAUAAGAAUAUUUCUCACUCUAGCAUACAUUCACGUAUUAACUACCAAAACGUAGUAAAUGAAAUAGCGCAAACUGAUUUCUCACCCAUUCUCAGUUGUAAAAAUGCAAACAUUGCUGCCGAAAUGUUAGUGUCAAAUAUAUCGAUGUGUAUAGUACAUAAUACCAGUGUUGUCAGGGUAUCAUGCAGGAAACGGAUUACAAAACCCUGGAUCACCCCGGGAAUCCUAAGGUGUAUCCGAAAUCGAGACCGUUUGCAUAAAAUGGUAAAAAAUAAUAAAAAUAAUGUAAUAAUCAAAAUUACAUUCCUUAGGUAUCGUAAUUUUUGUAAUAAGCUUUUAAAAAAAUUAAAACGUAUUUAUGAGCAAAAUGAACUACAAAAAGCUAAGCACAACCCGAAAGCCACUUGGAAUGUCAUUAAAAAUAUAAGUAACCUACGCACUAAAUCCCUUCCGUCUAAAGAGCUGUUAAAUCUAACAAGUGCACCUAAAACAUCCUUAAAUAUGGUAAAUAAAUAUUUUGGUAACAUUGGCUACCACCUUGCAUCCGGAGUCCGUCAGGCUCAACAGUUUUCGACAAUUAGUAUCAACAAACCGUCUCUACCUGAUAAUGUGAAUUUGCUGGGUAACUCCAUGGCACUCCUGGAGACAACUGAAAGUGAAGUAGACAAUGUGAUCGCUGGUCUUCGUGCUGACAGCGCCGUGGGAUAUGACGGAAUUUCAUCUACCUGUUCUUGAUAUAUAUAAAUAAUCUCUGUCAAAUGAAAAUCCCAAACUGUAACAUAAUUACCUACGCUGAUGACACAGUCCUGUUGACUCAUGGGGUCACGUGGGAACAUGCCCGUGAGCAUACUGAGAAUGCACUGCGUAAAACUGCUAACUGGCUUAGUGAAAACUUGCUUACUUUAAAUGUCAAUAAAACUAAAUAUAUUACCUUUUCUGCAUCUAAAAUUACUCAACCUAAAAUAGAUACCUUCAAUAUUAAAAUGCAUAACUGUGAUAUCUUUGAUGACUCCUGUGCCUGCCUGAAUUUGACUCGUACAGAAACUAUUAAAUAUCUCGGCGUUCACCUCGAUAGCACCUUAAGCUGGUCGACACAUCUUGAUACUAUGACAUCUCGUGUUCGUAAACUCAUGCCUGUUUUUAGAAAAUUAAGAGUUUCUGCCGAUUGGAACACAUUAAAGAUGGUAUACUUUGCCCUAGCGCAGUCUAUUUUGACAUAUUGUAUUCCGGCCUGGGGUGGUGCUUGUGCUUCCCACUUUCUAAAGCUGGAAAGAGCGCAGAGAACUGUCCUUAAAUUAAUAACCAAAAAAUCGUUCCUAUAUCCAACUACUAAGCUGUACAUGGACUGUGAAGUUCUCACAGUAAGACAACUUUAUGUCCUUCAAUUGAUACUACGUAAACACUCUUCUCUCCCUUUAGAUGUCAAUAUAAUAAACAAACGCAUGAAAUAUAGAGUAUGUCAACCCAUCCCUCAUAAAACUUCUCUUGCGGCUAGACAGUACUAUGUUCGCAGUUCCUCUGUAUAUAAUAAAAUAAACAAAAUUCUGGAUAUCUACACCUUACCAUUAAGAAAGCUUAAACCUACAUUGAAGGACUGGUUACAGAAACUAAGUUUUGCUGCAACGGAGGACUUAAUUACUAAACCAUGGUAAAGCUUUUAUAUACAUAGUUCAUAUAUAUACAUAAACUGAUUUUUAUGGACUGAAUCCACACGUACACAAACACGCACACACACUAACACACACACUUACACACACACACACGCACACACACACACACACACACACUCAUACACAGACACUCACGUUCCUUCACACCACACAUAGUUUAUUAUAAUUUAUUUGUCAUACUUUACCUGCACUCUCUUGUCGUGUUAAUUGUCUUUGGCAUUAUAAUGUCUGUAAGAAAUCUGGAGGAAGACGUAGCGUCUGUCAUACAGUUUUAUUAAAAACUAGUACGGGCGCUAUAGAUCAA